UUCCAUCGAAUUAAAAUCGAAAGACGAAAACUAUUACAAUUAAGGAGAGUAUAUAUAUACUGUGUAUGGAGAAAAGUCGUUUCCUACUGUUGAGAAUGUUGUCAAUGAUACGCUGCUUGUGUUAUAUCUAUAUGAUGAUUAUGGCUAAUUACUUAACUGCAGGUGCAUUAGCAAUAGCUCAUACCAAUUUCAGCACAGAUCAGUCUGCGCUUCUUGCUCUCAAAGCUCACAUCACUAGUGACCCUCAAAACAUCUUGACCGCCAACUGGUCCUCUGCCUCCAAUUCUGACAUUUGCAACUGGGUUGGUGUUACCUGCGGUGCUCGCCACCAUAGAGUCACGGCCUUAAAUCUCUCGUCCAUGGGUCUUGCUGGGGUUAUUCCUCCGCAUCUAGGCAACCUCUCAUUUCUCAUUAAGUUGCACCUUAAGAAUAAUUUUUUUAAUGGUCCCCUACCCCAAGAAUUGUCUCGUUUGCGCCGGUUGAAGGCAAUUAACCUUCAAUACAACAACUUUACCGGAACCAUUCCUUCGUGGUUUGGGUCCUUCCCUAAACUUCAAACCUUCAUAUUGUGGGGUAAUGGCUUCUCUGGUUUCAUACCCGCUGCUAUCUUCAACUUAUCUGCACUUGAAAAAAUUGAUCUGAGCAAUAACCAACUAUCAGGUAGCAUACCCAGAGAAAUCGGCAACUUAACAAUGGUGAAGGUCAUAUACCUUGACGACAACAAGUUCGAAGGACAAUGCUCUAAAAGGCUCUGCUUUGUGCCUGUCCUCAACAUAUCUUCUUUGACUACUUUCACUCUAUACGGAAACAACAUGAGUGGUAGUCUUCCGGACAAUAUGUGUGAGCAUCUUUCGAGUAUUCGACGAUUAUAUUUGGAUCAAAACCAGCUUGACGGUAUGAUUCCCUCCAAACUGUGGCAAUGCAAAGAGCUUCGUGAAAUCUCAUUAGCGUCUAACAAUUUCCGUGGAAGCAUACCCAAAAGUCUUGGCAAUUUGACCUACUUAAGCAAGAUUAUUCUUUCCGACAAUAAUUUAGAAGGUACAAUACCGGAUGAGAUUGGUGAUCUUCCACAGUUAGAGAUAUUGACACUGCAUACUAAUAAUCUCAGUGGCGUCAUCCCAUCCAAACUCUUCAAUAACUCCAUGGUAAGAGAAAUAGGGCUUUCUAUUAAUCAGCUCUCAGGUGGCCUCCCAGCAAACAUAGGUCUUAACGUUCCAAACCUAGAAUUCCUAGGUGUGGCCCAAAAUAACCUCGUGGCCGGACCACUCCCUAACCUCUCCAAUGCUUCCAAGCUCAAGGAGCUAGACAUGAGCAUAAACUCAUUUACCGGGUUUCUUCCUAUCACACUCUGUUCCUUAAAAAACCUCGAGUUUCUUAUCUUGCAUUCGAACAAUUUGACGAUUGAUGCUUCUGCUCCACAAGUAGGAAGCACUCUUUCUUGCUUGUUUAAUCUUAGAAAUCUAACAAGAUUAUACUUGUCAUAUAAUCCACUAAACACCAAAAUUCCAGCUCCUCGCGGCAAUCUAUCUACGUCACUCCAAUAUGUUGAUUUAAGAUUUUCCAACAUCAAGGGUAACAUUCCAGUUGAUAUUGGCAACUUGAGCAGCAUGAUAGAGUUAAACCUGGGAGACAAUCAGUUGAGUGGAGCAAUUCCAAGUUCAAUACAAAGGCUAAAAAAUCUCCAAGGUUUGUAUUUGAAUGAUAACCAACUCCAAGGACAUAUCCCGUAUGAACUCUGUCAACUAAACAACCUAGCCGAUUUACGUUUCGGUGCUAAUCGGCUAUCUGGUUCAAUUCCUUCCUGCUUGGGUACUUCGACAGUAGCUCUAAGACGUUUAUCGUUAGUGUCCAAUUUGUUAACUUCUAAAAUACCACCUUCCUUGUGGGAACUCAACCGUAUAUUGCACCUAAACUUGGCAUCCAAUUCUCUAGAUGGACCACUCUCAGAGGAUAUCGGAAAGUUGAGAGAUGUGGUGGAUAUGGAUUUAUCAAAUAACCAUUUCUCCGGAAACAUUCCCGGUAGCAUUGGUGGUCUUCAAAAUAUGAUUAGUUUCUCCUUGGCAAACAAUUCUUUAGAAGGCCCUAUUCCCAGUUCAUUUAAAACCUUGCUAAGCCUGGAAUUCUUGGAUUUGUCCAAAAACAAUCUAUCCGGGGUGAUCCCAAAGUCAUUGGAAGCACUCUUGUAUCUCAAGCAUCUGAAUUUGUCUUUCAACAAACUCCAAGGAGAAAUUCCGACCGGCGGGCCUUUCGGAAACUUCUCUGCUGAUUCAUUUGCAUCAAACGGUGCACUCUGCGGUGCUUCUCGACUCCAUGUUCCACUAUGCAAAAAUAGAACAAAAGUUAAGCCGAACUGGAGGAAAGCUAAAUAUAUCAUCCCAGGGGUCAUAUCAGUAAUACUCCUAGCGGCCGCUGCAUUGAUUCUGAUACAAUGCAAGAAAAGGAAUGUCGAAGUUGUUAGAGAAACUGCCUCGCUACAUCAAGUUCUUUGGAGAAGAGUUUCGCGCCUAGAACUUGUAAGGGCAACAAAUGGAUUUCAUGAGAGUAACUUACUAGGCACAGGUGGUUUUGGCUCAGUGUACAGGGGAACACUUUCAGACGGGAUAGAUAUCGCCGUCAAGGUUUUCAAUUUGCAGCUAGAAGAGGCAUUCAAAAGUUUUGAGAAGGAAUGUGAAAUGCUAAGCAAUAUCCGUCACCGGAAUCUUAUUAAAAUCAUAAGUUGCUGCAAUGAUCUUGAUUUCAAAGCCCUGAUACUUCAAUUGAUGCCUAAUGGAAGCCUCGAAAAGUGGUUGUAUUCUCCAAACCGCUCCAUGACUCUCCUGCAGAGGUUAGAUAUAAUGAAAGAUGUUGCAUUGGCACUAGAAUAUCUUCAUCAUGGUUACUCGAUACCUAUCGUUCAUUGUGAUGUGAAACCAAGCAAUAUAUUACUAGAUGAUGAUAUGGUUGCACAUGUUGCUGAUUUUGGCAUUGCAAGACUCAUUGGCGGUGGAGAUUCGAUGACAGAAACCAUGACCCUAGCCACAGUUGGAUAUAUGGCUCCAGAGUUUGGGAUGGAAGGAAGCGUUUCGACAAGAGGGGAUGUGUAUAGUUUUGGUAUUGUACUCAUGGAGACAUUCACAAAAAGGAAGCCAACAGACGAGAUGUUUGUUGGGGAAAUGGAUUUAAAGCAAUGGAUUGCAGAUUCAUUAUUUCCAGAUGCUGCAAUAGGUGAAGUUGUGGAUGCCGAUAUACUUGGGGCGGAGGAAGAUGGUGAUUUUGUGAGCAGGAGGGAUUGCUUAUCAUCCGUUAUGAGAUUAGCUUUAGCUUGCUCUGCAGCAUUGCCAGGAGAGAGGAUUAACAUGAAAGAUGCUGCAAUCACACUCACCAAAAUCAAGACUAAGUAUUUGAAGGACUAUGGAGGAGUGAACUCUUAGUUCUUUUUCUUCUCUAAAUUUUUGGAUCCAUUUUCUUAUUGUUGUUUUCAAUCUACAAAGACUACAUUAUUUUCUCAUAGUGAUAGAUAUGACAAUAUGAUGAUAUUCCUAAAGUUGAAAUGCCGUACCUGGAUUUGUCAAUGCAAUGAGACCAGUAGUACCAAAAUUGCAA